UGACCCUUGCAGCAGGAAUGCAGCAGGAAUCGAAAAGGCCAGGCCUCGUCCACGGCCUCAAGCGGCUCGCCAGGCUCGGCCUGAGCAAGGAAAUAACCGACUCUGCCGACUCUUUGCUCAAAACAGAGGAUUGGUCUAGUGAUCAUUUUUUUAAUGUAAUCCAAGUGCUAUCUCAACAUAUAAAACAAUUUGAACACACAAUUUCAAUAUUGAACUGUGUGCCACAACUCAAGAUCGACAUUGUUUUGCAUGCGAUUGACAAUGAAAAGGACUUUAGGAUUAAGUACAUCCUUCUGGCAAAACUCUUCUACACCCAGAAAGAUCUGGUCCAGAGCUGCUUGAUCCAUUUCGAUUCGGACAAGCCUCCUUGGUCAUAUCUGGAAAUGCAGCCGAAAAUUCCAAAGAAACAAAAACUCCCAUUGCCCAAAGUGAUAGUCACCGAGUUAGAGAUGGUCGAGUGUUGCUGGGAGCUUCUCCGUUCCUCUUUUGUACAUUUCAAAGACAAAUGGAACUGGUCGGAAUUUUUGGCAACCUACCUGAAUCACUCCGACCACCAGAUAAUAUGGGUUGCAUGUCAGUGUGCUUCAAAGUUGUUAGGAAUGGAUGAAAUAAUUUCUAUAUACUUAACCGAAGAAGAGGAUAAAAUGUAUAGUCUGAUGUAUUCUAAAAAGUUUUCGGAUUAUGACUUUUUAUUCGAUGACUGUAUCGAAACAGAUUCAAAAUGUAUAGAAAACAUGGAUAUAGAAGUAAAUGCUACUACGAAGAAUAAUGUCAAUGUUGGUGGAAUAUCUUUACCAGUUUGUAACUCCAGUAAUCAGGAUACAACAGGUUGUUUAGUUCCUGUUCCGUCAACAUGUGUCAAUUUGAAAAACAUUGCAUUGGGCAUAUCAGCAUCAAAGGCCGUCUGCCUUUUUGGACCAGUUGGCAGUGGAAAAUCAGCUUUGAUCGAACACCUUGCUAAAAUUACAGGAAGAACAAAAAAUGUUGAAUUAUUAAAAGUUCAACUUGGAGAAGAAACUGACUCGAAACUUCUACUUGGAACUUACAAAUCCACUGAUCUGCCAGGUGAAUUCAUUUGGGAAUCGGGAGUGCUGACAAAGGCUAUUUUGGGCGGACAUUGGCUUCUGAUUGAAGAUAUAGAAAGUGCGUCAAGCGAUAUUGCCGCUCUUUUGGCUGGUCUUCUUGAAAACAACGUUGUCAACAUCCCUGGAUUCAGGGAUAAUGUCAGAGUCGCACCUGGUUUUCAACUUUUCAUGACUCAUAGACUGUUUCCCGGACUUCAUACACACCAUAAGAAGCAGACAGCAGCGAUGGAACUUCUUGAGAAAUAUUGGCUUCAAGUCAACAUCGAGUCGCUUACUUUCGAUGAACUUGUUCAUGUUAUCCAAACAAAGUUUCCAGUUUUAAAGACAGUAGCAAGUAGAAUGGUCAAAGUAUACACGAUGUUUACUACUGGAGGUCAGGAAUCGAUUACAAAUGAAAUUUUGAGUAGACAAAUUGGUAGAAGAUUGAUUUCUGUCAGGGAUUUAAUGAAGUGGUGUGCAAGGGCUGAAAAUGAUUUUGACGUCGCUUCACAAGAGUCUGCACUGAAAGUAUUACAAGAUGCCAUUGACCUCUUCUGUUGCAGUUUUAACGAUUCAGCUGUUAGAUUGGACCUGGCUUGUAAUGUUGCCGCUUGCCUCGGAAUAGUCAAAACCAAGGCUGAAUAUUUCUGUAAUCUUUACAAGCCGAACAUCACACUUUCUAGUAGUGCAUGCCUUGCCGGGAGAGCCGUCCUUCAACGGCUGAAGGAUGUAGAUCAAGCCACUCUCUCAAAGCACAAGUAUGAGCAACAAAUUAAAUUUGCCUAUACGAGAGAAUCUUCGUGCUUAAUCGAAAGAAUCGGGGUCUGCUUGUCCCUCAACGAACCUGUACUUUUGGUCGGUGAAACGGGCACAGGUAAAACAUCAACUUUACAGCUCUUGGCCCAAAAGACAGGGAACAAACUCGUUGUUAUAAACAUGAACCAACAAAGUGAUAGCUCUGAUUUACUUGGAGGGUACAAACCUGUAGAUAUAAAACAUAUAGUUACACCUUUAAGGGAAGAAUUUGAGAGUUUAUUCAGGUCGUUUUUUAACGUGAAAGAAAAUAUAAAAUUUCUAGAAAACAUUUCUGUCUGCAUUUCAAAACGGAUGUGGCUUACACUGCUUAAACUGAUGUCGCAUAGCCAAACAGCUGCAGUUAGGCGUUUGCUCGAAGGGCAAAAGAAAGACGAGGACACACUGGCCAAAUGGAAAGUCCUCGGUGAUAAGAUUUUCAGACUCAAGAGUCAACUUGAGAAGAACAAAAGCCUCAUGGCAUUUUCAUUCAUUGAAGGCUCUCUUGUAAAAGCACUUAAACAAGGGCAUUGGGUUUUAUUGGAUGAGAUUAAUCUUGCAUCUGCCGAGACUCUUCAGUGUUUAUCCGGUUUGCUGGAAGGAAGUUCUGGCUCUGUGUCACUGUUGGAGAGAGGCGAUGUUGUCGAGGUCAAACGAAAUCCUGGUUUCCGCCUUCUAGCAGCUAUGAACCCCGCUACAGACUUUGGAAAGAAAGACUUACCUUUGGGUAUCAGAAAUAGAUUUACUGAACUUUUUGUGAAUGAGCAUACUGAGAGGAGUGAUUUAGCACUACUUGUGCAAUGCUAUUUGCCAAAUUUGCCCAAGCCGAUAAUCACUUCUGUCGUCCAGUUUUAUAUCGAUGUGAAGAAAAAAGCAGUAGAGGUUCUUUCAGACUCUAAUGGCCAAAAACCGCUUUACAGUUUAAGGACGUUGUGUCGAGGUUUGACUAUUGCAUCUGAAAACAAAUGUGGAAGUAUGAAAAGAUCCCUUUAUGAAGCGUUAUGUUUGAGCUUUUUAACACAAUUAAAUGCUCAGUCUCACAACUCUGUUAAGAAUAUGAUAGCUGAGAGUGUAUUGGAUAAAAACGACAUGAAAAGCAUACUGACACAACCGAUUCAAGAGCCUGCUCCGCCCAACAGCCAUAUUCGUUUUGAAGGCUAUUGGGUGAUAAAGGGCCCGUUCAAAUCAAAAAUCUCCAAGAAGUAUUUGCUGACACCCAGUGUGAGAAAAAAUUUAUGUGACAUUGCACGGUGUGUUUCGCUUUCAAAUCACCCAAUACUUAUCCAAGGAGAAACGUCAGUCGGGAAGACCUCCCUGAUCACAUACCUCGCAGAAUCGUCGGGCCACAAGUGUUUUAGAAUAAACAACCACCAGCAUACAGACUUGCAGGAAUAUGUCGGCUCGUACUGUGCAGACGCUGUUUCAGGAAAUCUUGUUUUUAGAGAAGGUGUUCUGGUCGAGGCUAUGAGAAAUGGCCAUUGGAUUAUCCUCGACGAGUUGAAUCUAGCUCCUAGUGAGGUUCUAGAAGCUUUAAAUCGAGUCCUUGAUGACAAUCGGGAGCUUUUCAUAGCAGAGACUCAAAAAACGGUCAAAGCUCAUCCAAAUUUCAGACUGUUUGCUACUCAAAAUCCCCCUGGGCUGUAUGGAGGUAGAAAAAUGCUGUCUAGGGCAUUUCGCAAUAGAUUCGUUGAGCUGCAUUUUGAUGAAAUCCCUGCCCCCGAACUUGUCAGUAUUUUGCAACACAGGUGCGACAUGCCUGAAUCUUACGCAAAGAAGCUUGUAGCUGUCAUGUCGGAUCUACAGAUCAGAAGAAAAGGGUCUGCAGCUUUUGCUGGAAAACAUGGCUUCAUCACUCUUAGGGAACUUUUCCGUUGGGGUGAAAGAUAUAGGUUGGCAAGUGAUGUUGAAAAACAUAAAUAUUAUGACUGGGAUCAACACAUUGCAGAUGAAGGGUUUUUAGUACUUGCUGGAAGAGUAAGAAAAAAAGACGAAAGCGAGAUUAUAAGACAAGUAAUUGAAAAACACAUCAAAAGAACUGUUCAUCUGGAAAAAUUAUUUACUUUAAAUAAAGACACUUCACCAGUAACUAAGCCAGUUUUAGAACAAAUAUUAAAUUCUGAACUUCCUGAUGGCUUCAAGCACAUAGUUUGGACUUACAAUAUAAGAAAGCUUGCCGUUUUAGUUGGCAAAGCACUACAAUUUUGUGAACCGAUUCUGCUCGUUGGAGGAACAGGCUGCGGAAAAACAAGUGUAUGUCAGUUGCUUGCGGCUAUUAACAACCAACAGCUUUUUUCACUGAAUUGUCACCAAAACUCAGAAAGCUCUGAUUUUCUCGGUGGGCUGAGACCCGUCAGAGACAAGGUUGAGAGUAAAGGUAAAAUAUUUGAAUGGGUCGACGGUCCUCUCAUUCUAUCGAUGAAGAGUGGUAAUUUAUUCCUUGCUGAUGAGAUCUCCCUUGCUGACGAUAGCGUUCUUGAAAGGCUCAACUCUCUUCUCGAACCGGAGAGGAAACUACUUGUGAGUGAGAAAGGGUCAGGGGAUGAGGUGGAGAUCACGGCCGACAGUCGGUUUCGUUUCGUCGGCACAAUGAACCCUGGAGGGGAUUUCGGUAAAAAAGAACUAUCGCCUGCACUUAGAAACAGGCUCACUGAAAUAUGGUGUGAACCGCCAAUCUCAGAUGAAGAUCUCAUCUCGAUAAUAGAGCACAAUGUUAGUCAAGGAUUAUCGCUUGCUAAUCAACAAGACGGAAGCUCUGGAAUUGGGAAAGCAAUGGUUCAGUUUAUUAACAAAUUCAAAAAAACUCAAAUAGCAACAAGGAUUGUAAUCAGCGUGAGAGAUAUUUUGACAUGGGUGAACUUUAUAAACUUGGUGUCAAGUCAUAAUGGACUUGAUGUUGCCACUGCUUACAUCCAUGGUGCUUUUCUAACGUUUUUAGAUGGAAUCGGAACUGCGACAACUGCAGUGGAAAAUGCGGAGAUCAUUUCUUUAUAUAAAACUGAUUUUGAGAAUAUCCUUCUGGAACAAGUGAAAAGCUUAACUGGGAUUCGCUCACAUCCUUUCGACAAAAAUUUGGUUGUAUCAGAUAUGGAAAAGGCUUUCGGAAUAAACCCAUUUUUUAUCAGGAAAGGACCUCAUCCAAUUCAAAAAACAGACUUCCUUUUCGAAGCUCCUACAACAUGUUUAAAUACACUACGAUUAAUAAGAUCAUUGCAAAUCCCAUCUAGGGCUAUUUUACUUGAAGGAAGCCCAGGAGUGGGAAAGACAUCUGUAGUCGUUGCUUUAGCAAAAGCUACUGGAUAUAAGGUAACAAGAAUAAAUUUAUCAGAGCAGACUGACAUUUCAGACCUGUUUGGAGCAGACCUACCCGUGGAAGGUGCCCCUGGAGGCACGUUUGCAUGGAGGGAUGGGCCAUUUUUAAAAGCACUCAAAGAAGGCCAUUGGAUUCUUCUUGAUGAAUUAAAUCUUGCAUCACAAUCAGUUGUCGAAGGCCUUAACAGUGUUCUUGAUCACCGUGGUGAAGUUUUUAUACCUGAAUUAGGCAAAACGUUCAAGCUCCAAACAGAAACGACCCGCCUGUUUGGCUGUCAAAAUCCUCAGAGGGAAGGAGGUGGUAGAAAAGGCUUACCACAGUCUUUCCUUAAUAGAUUUACUCAGGUUUACAUGGAGAGCCUUUCAAAGGAAGAUUACAAACUCAUCCUCCAUGGGCUGUAUCCAAAAAUUGAGGAGAGCCUAAUAGAAAAAGUUGUGGAGUUUAACAUCAGGCUAAAUUCCAAAACAACAGAAGUAUGGCAAUUCCAUAAUGGCCCUUGGGAAUGGAACCUGAGAGACCUGAUAUAUUGGAUGGAAACGAUGAAGAACGACGACCCUGGCACAUUUGUAACUUCGAUAUUCAUUGACCGGCUAAGAAGAAAGGAGGAUCGAAAUAAAGUUGUAAAUCUAUAUAAAGAAAUAUUUGAACCGGAAUUUCCCAUCUAUGACAAAGCACCUCCGAUUGUUUUGACCCAAGACAAAGUGAUAUUCGGUGAACUAGUUCUACAGAGAAGAUGCCAGACGCAAAAUCCUGUUCAUUUUACCGUAGACAAGAACAACCAACUUCUGAUCUUGAGGAAUCAGCUUUCACUGUUAAGGUCUCUCGCUCUGUGUGUGAAGAUGGGAUGGCUUGCUAUAUUGGUUGGAGAAAGUUGCAGUGGGAAGUCUUGCAGUAUAUACACACUAGCUCAUCUUCUAGGCCAAAAGGUCUACACAAUACCGAUCAGCUCUACAACAGAUACGGCUGAGCUCCUUGGAGGUUUUGAACAGACCGACUACGGACGUCAUUUGGACUUACUCAGCCAGCAGAUUGAGAAUGUCGUUUUCUCCACGGCGCAAAAGAAGUUAUCCGAUCGAAAGGUGGAAGAAGCGUGCCAGCUUCUCGACUCCUGGUACAAAUACGUGUUAUCCUCCCAUAUCGGUGACGCCCAGGAGAUGACGCUUGUCAAAGCGCAGGCAGCGUUUAAUCAAAGGGUGGGAUUGAUCUCGGAAAUCCUAUCAAAACUGCCGCCGAAAAAUGGCAAAGUUCUCAAUGCUAAGUUGAACGCUCUUAAGAAAAACGUGGCUGCCAACGGGCUCAAAGCUGGAGGGUCUUUUGAGUGGGUCGACAGCGUUCUUGUAAAGUGUCUGGAGGAGGGAAAUUGGCUGAUUGUGGAUAACGUCAAUCUGUGCAGUGGGGCUGUCCUAGAUAGAUUGAACGGUCUCCUAGAACGUGAUGGCGUUCUGACCCUGAGUGAAAGGGGUGUCGGGCCCGAAGGUGAAGUCGUCAUAAAGCCCCAUCCCAAUUUCAAGCUCUUCUUCACAAUGGACCCAAAGCAUGGGCACAUAUCCAGAGCAAUGAGAAAUCGUGGGAUAGAGAUUUACGUUGAUUCCCCUUCUAUAAAAUCAUUGAACCCUUUGGAUCUUGACUGUAUGCUCAGUUCCCUCGGUGUGGGUUCUUUCAAACACAAGAAAGCCUUGAUUCACAUUCACAACAGGAUUGCGGAUGAGUCACAAGGUAUUGAACAACCAUGUGUAAAUCACUUGUUGAGCGCUACGUUUCUGGCUGUCCAGUACUGGAGCCGAGGCAGCUCUCUGUCUUCAUCUGUGAAAAAUGCUUUUGUAGAAAUAUACAUUAAGUCAAGAACAUUGACAAAUGAGAAUUUACUUAAUCAAAAUGAAGCGUUAUUGAAAGCUGUUGGAGAAGUAAAGCAAGACCUCGAAGAAACUGGUUGCAGCACAGCUGAUUCCUUCAGGCCCGAAAUAAAAACUUUAUCGACCUUUGCAGUCCAAGAAAAUAUUGUAUUGUCAACAUUGAAACAUCAAGGGUCGUUUCUCUAUGGUGUGCUAAAACUCUUGGAAAAUAUUGCAAAGUCAAAACAACUCUCUAAAAAUAUAUCUUCCUACCAUUUGUCAAACAUAGUCGGAUAUGACCUAUCGUCCUUAAAUGACAAACAUUUACAACAUUUGGAAUAUAAAAUUCUCGAUACUCUCCCUUUCAUAAUUAUAUCGUUUUACAAUCAUGCGUCUUGUAAUGAUAUCUCAUACAGGCAUCAAUGGCUAGUUGAUGUCAUACAAAACAUGACCAAGACUCCAAUCACAAAAAACAUUUGUGAAAAAAUAAUUCAUAUAUCAAAAACUGUCAUUGAUGUUCUUGGAAGUGAUAUUAUUGACUCGGGAUUACCCUGGGAUGAAAGACAAUAUUCGAGAAAGUUGUUGAAUAAAAAAGACUGGUCUUGGGAGAACAAAACGAACAUUUUGAUCUGUUAUCAAGUAGUGUUAACUUGCAAUUCGAUGGAAUUGGAACUACAUGACAAAAAAAUCAACUGGCGGUCGAUAACAAUUCUCCAGUAUUCUAAUGCUGUCAAAAAAGGCAUUAUAUCAAACUUGCCUAUGAAGCAAACCAUAAUUUGUGAAAUCCAGCCAUUCCUCACUGAAUUCGAUAAAGUUGUAAAAUGCAUUCUGACGUCAAAGUACACAGAUUUAAAUACGGAUCAAGCGUGUCAGUGGCUUUACAAUGUCGCAUGGAAAUUCCGCUUUGCCAACAUCACAAACAGGCGCCUUUUCUCAGGGAAAGAGAACAUCAUGACGAACAUACCUCCCGUCUCAGAAGAAUCUGUCAUGCUCGUGAUCCUGCACUACAAAUGGUUCAGAAAGCACACAAUGCCAUUGCUGCUUGAAAUGGUGCAGAAACACUCUUCAUUGAAAGAAAAAGCACUCCCUUUGAUCAAACUCAUCGACAAAAUUGACGAAUCUAUUGAAAUAGGAAAGAUUCAUCUAGUCCCACUGACGAGAAAGUUCACAAGACUCAUGAAACCGCCUUUACCAUUGCGAUCCACUGAACAAUGCGACUAUAAUAAAAAACUUCACAAGUUUUAUAAUUCUGUGGAGUUUUGGAAGCCUGUUGUUCAAAACAUUUCUGCAUUCAGAAGAGACACUCAUUUUCUUGCUUCUGGAGAAGGGAAGCAAAUGAGGAAUAAAUUAAUAAAGUGCAGCGAAUUUGUAUUUCUUGAUAAAAUCCUGCCACGAGCUGAAGAAACAUUCCAAGAAGUUGAAAAAUCAUUAUCCUGCCGUGCUGAGAAGGAAGUUGGUCUUGAUGAGCUGGCUGUCAUCAAAAUGUGGCCCUUUCAGGAAGUUGUGUCUCUCCAGCUGAACACUGCUCUACGACUCUACUUAAGCGGCUUUUCUGAUAAUUUCUUCCGACUCGUUUCAAGUUCUACUGUAAACUGGCUUGAAAACCUGUCAUCAACUUGUCCAAUCGCUACUGGAAUCGUAAGGUCUGUGCUUUCGGGCUACGACUUGAAGGAGAAGACGCAACAGGCCCAGCUGCUCUUCCUACUCACAAGACAGAUGAACAAUUCACGCACUAUUAGAAACCCUGUUCUUUAUCUUAAAUGGGAUGAAUUUCAAAAUGUCGAAGAUGAUUUUUUCAACGAUCAGGAUGAUAUCACAUUGAACUCACCACAUUAUUCACUAUUCCUGGGCAAUUUAAUAUCAUCUAUGUCAGAGAAUUCAAUGACAUUUGCCCUCAGAUCACAUAAAAUCACAAAAAACAUGAUCAAUUUUAUGAAAAGUAUGCUGUGGAGGAAUUUACCUGCUAUAUUUUCCCAAAUUUUGGACGUUGAAAAAAAUGAGGUGAAAUGUUUAAAUCACUGCUUUAGACUCUUAAUGGUUUAUCUUAAGAAAUCAAUUCUUAAUGAAGAUUCGAGUGAAGAGGAUUUCAGUAGUUCAAAAAUAACAGAUGAAAUCAUCAAGAACUUAUCCAAGCUUUCAUUCCACGAUUCAGAUAGAUUGAAAGGUCUUCACAGUGUGGACCAAAGUCAUAAAGAAAUCAUAACAUCCCUUGUUAGGACCUUACGGUGCCUUACCGGUACGAUAGCCGUCCUUAAUGAAUCUGAAGACGGGUUGGAAAAAGGUAUUUUAAUCGGAAAAGGAUGGGCUCUUCUUGGCCUUGCCCACAUUUUACUUUUUUCAAAUAUGGAAACUGUCGACCCUGUACAGAAAAAAUCAUUAAAGAGGCAGUACGCCCUUGAAGAGUUUAGGGAGUUGAAAAUGUAUCUGUGUACUGAAUCGCUUAACAAGGCAAUACUCGGAGAUAUGAAUAACUGGCCUUUCAAACAAUCACACGAAGCUAGAAUUAAAUAUCUAGAAGAUAAAAGUGAACAUUUAGGGAAAGCAGUUGCCGUUCGGCCUUGCCCGUCUCUUUACAACAAUAUAGUAAAGGAAAUUCAAAAUUUAGGGAAUUAUCUCUUAUCGGGAGAGAACUUCCUGCCCAUGCUAGAAAAAUUGGGAGUUGAAGCAAGCGAAAAAGAAAGUAUCGCUUUAACCACCAAAAGCUGGCUUUUGUCAGUCAGGACUUUUCAUGAAAAACUUUAUAAAGACUAUUAUUCGACUUAUCCUGAUAUUGUAACACCACAUCUUCUCGCAUCAUCACAGCUCAUUUACGGAUUGGAAGCAGUGACGAAUCAUAUGAUAAAAGGAUCCAUUGAUAAAAAGUUUAACUUGUUCUCUGAUACCAUACAUGAAAUCAUGGUGCGCCUUGGUACUUUCCCGAUUGACAGCACUGAUGCUACAGUCGAGCUCAUAAAGACGUAUACAUCAGAUUACAUGAUGAUCCUGCUUGACAAAUGUGCAGAACGCUGUAAUAAACAAAAUAAAACCAACUACAAGCUGAGGUUGGCAAAAAUUUGUGUAAGGUUGGUUAGGAGCAUUAACAAAACAGACUCUGUACAGUCUGUUCAUGAGAUACUUUUCCAAGUGCUUGAUUUUGUUGUUCAUUCAUGGCACAAGCUGCAGGAAGACGCUAAAAUAAAAAAAGCCCAGGAGCAAAGCAUUUACAUCAAUAAGUUGACACCACUUCAAAUUGAAGAAGAAGAGACAAAAAGAAGUGUCCAAGAGAUGUUCCCAACUCACCUGGAAAGAGAUUUUGGUGAUCUCGAGGAGCAGAAAUCUCUCGAAGAUCCUGUUCCAUCUAGAAUGGAAGUCUGUCAAGAUAAGAGCGACGAACAGUUCACAAUCGACAUGCAAGACAUCAAAGAAAUCUGCUUGCUCCAUUCUCAAAUAGUCUCAACAUUUAAAAACACGCCAUGGGCCUUGAAAGUGGAUGAAAAUGACGAUGACAACAAUAAACAGCUACUUCUUGAGAGAAUGGACAUAUUUUCAUAUUUGAUAAACGGAUGGCAUCCAGCUUGCAACAUAAGCCUCGACACUUCUUCAAUUUCUGCACUUAUAACUGCCGCAAAUUUACCUCUGCUCGACACAACAGAGCGAACACUUGGCCGGACGUACAACUUUUACAAGGAUUCGAAUAUCGAUGAGGCAAAACUUUGUAUCUCCUUGAUGAACGCAAUUCUGAAUAAAGUGGCAGAACUUUUGGAUGAGUGGAAUGAACAUCCAACACUGAAUCAGAUUAAAAUUGUCGUUGAAAGAGUGAUAGGGUUUGAAAUGACAAGCCCUUUGUCACGGUUUCUCACUGGACUUGAACUGCUUCUGACAAAAUUGCACGAAUGGGAGGAAAAUGCUCAUUCAAAAGUCUCGUUGGCGUCUCAUGCAACCAGUCUGACACACCAGAUCAUUUCAUGGAGAAAACUGGAACUGUCUGCAUGGAAAGGUGCACUUGCAUCUACUAUGACAAAAAUCCAAGAGGAAAGCAGUAAAUGGUGGUUUCAUCUUUAUUCUCUCAUUUCUUCUUUUGUCAAUUCUGGAAGUGAAGAGAAUUCAUUAGAACAGUUUGUGAGCUCACUGCAACAAUUUAUGGAGACAAGUUCACUCGGGGAGUACUCGGCUAGACUGAAGCUUCUUCUUACAUUCCAUUUGCACUGUUUGUUCUUGCCGAAGUCGACUAGACAGCAAUUGGCAGUAAAUGUGUUAUGGAACUUGCACAAUUUUUAUAAGCUUUUCGAUGAACACGUGGCGAAAAAGGUGAAAGAGUUGUCAAUCCCGAUUGAAAAGAAGCUUAAGGAUUUCGUGAAGAUAGCCAGGUGGAACGACAUUAACUAUUGGUCAGUAAAAGCGGCUGUCGAAAAGACGCACAACACUAUUCACAAACAUGUCAAAGAAUUUGAGAAAAUGCUUAAAGAUCCUGCCAACACAGCAAUGGUCAAAUUAUCAGAGCUGAGAAACAUUUCAGAAAUGACCUUCCCAAAAUUUGAUGAGAAAAAUUACAUUUCUGAUAUCAACGUCUUGGAAAAUUACAAAGACGAGGACAAGACAGAGCUACUGAAGCACUUGGAAACCCUUUCUCGAAAGUGCAGGCGCCUCUCUAAACAGACUAUUUCUAAAUGCACUUAUUUAAAACUUCUUGAAAACCUGUCUUUCUUUGUGUCUGACGUAUUGGAAAGUGGAAAGUUAAUUAAUGAAUUUGAUCUCGAUUCAUCGCUCCCUGAAGACAAAAGGAAAUCCGCAGCGAAAGCCUUGCUUCAAAGGAAAAGAAAAGCGGUGUCAGACUUGUUUCGAACAUUGACACAGUUGGGUCUUGCAUAUAGAUCCGGACUGUUAAUGUAUGAAAAGAAAAAUAUAGAAUUUUCAACACAGAUGCCUAUAAACAUAAAGUGCUCCUUACAGCAAAUAAAUCCUUGCAACAGCGAUAAAGAUUUACUAUCAUCCUGGAGUCACACAGAGGAGAUUUUUCUGACAUGUGUAGCACAAUCCGCACAGUUGAAAGUAGUCCUGGAAAAACCGCAUAAAGACCUCGGCCCACAAGUUACUGAACGGAUAAAAGGAUUCAUAUCUCAUUUCUUGAAACUGUUGCAAGAUGUGAAAGAAUCCAUCAUAAAGAACUUUGAAAAGCUUAUGUUGUUAAGAUGUCAGCUUGCUCAGUUAAAAGACGUCGAUGUUGAAAAUUGUGGAUUCAUAUGCAAGAAAUUUGACAAUUUUAAGAAUGGGUUGAAGGCAUUUUGUAACAAUGUGAUCGUUUGCUUGCCUCAAUUUCUCAUGGUGCUUGACGCUUGCCCAGAGCAGAGCAAGAUGUCGAGCGAGUAUAACGAACCGCCCAAUAUUUUUCCAGCAGAACACUCGAAUAAAAUGGUCAACGCUUAUAAGUUCGAUGAAGUCUGGGAGGAGACGAGGUUUAAAAUCAAAUUCAUAAUCACGACUGCUACAAGGCUCAGGGAUAAAAUUACCAAAUUUGAAAAACAUCAUUUAUUUGCAAGCACCCUCAUAGGGAAAAACAGUGGCGUUGAUGUUAUUAGGAGUUCUGAAUACAAAGAAUUAAUAGAUGAUAGUUAUAAAAAGCUGACAAACAUUUUAGCCGACUUGAAAACAGUUAAGGAAUCUUUUGGGCUAAAACUUGAUGAACAAACUCCCAGAAAUCCACUAGUUUCAUCAUUAGAAGGACUGAUUCAUAACUUAGAAAAGAACUUACCAUAUUUGUAUAAUGAAUACAAAAACCAAAAAUUAUUCCCACUUAAGAAUCCUGAGAAUGUAAACAGUUUUAAAAACAAAUUAGAGAAAAGCGUACAUAAAAGUUUAAUAAUUAUACAAAACCUCUAUAAAAAUUAUUCUCCUUGUGGUGAAAAUAUAGAAGAACCGGAAGAAAAAGAAGGUGAAAUGGAAGAAUUUCUUCUUAAUGGGCACAUUAAAGAUAAAAUUGUCGAUAGUCUUUUAUCAGAUGUCGAAACUUUUAAUCUUCAAAGUAUUACAGAAAGCAUAAGCGAUCUUUUUGAUGAAGUUGCUAAGAUGGUGAAUCCUGAAGAUGCUAAUGAAUGUCAACUGUUGCUGAGAAAUUGUUUACCAAUAUUCGACCAGCUUACAUCGUUGUCACAGUAUUUUUUAACACAAGAGACACUAUCUUUAAAAGUUAUGUCCAGACUACAGUCAUCCUUACUAGCUGUAUUCAUAGACUUUGGUCGAAACGGAUAUAACGUUCCGGAAGAUCUUGUGGAAGAUGGAGAAGAAGGCGAAUCGCAGGAGACAAAAGGUGGGAUGGGCCUUGGAGAAGGGGAAGGUGAAAAAGACGUAUCGGAUCAAAUUGAAAGUCAAGAUCAACUGGAAGAUGCCAAAAAACCCGGGGAGUAUGGAAAAGAAGAAGAUAAAGAUUGCAAAGAGGAAGAGAAAGGCAUAGAAAUGGAAGAAGACUUCGGUGGGAAUUUGCAAGACCUUGAAAAGAAGGAUGACGAGGAAAAGAGCGAUGAAAGUGACGGUGAUGAACCUGAUAAAGAAAUGGGUGAUACUGAACAAGGCGCUGAAACUUUAGAUAAAGAGAUUUGGGGAAGUGAUUCUGAAGAGGAGGAAGAAGAAGAAUCUAGCAAACCGAAGGAGGAAGAAGGUAACAAAGGAUCAGAACAGACCGAAAAAGAACUUGGAGCCAAGGAUAAUUCUGAUCAACAACAGCCGAAUGAAGAUACGCAAGAAAAGGAGAAUAAACGACAACAGAAGAAGGAUGAGAUUAACGAAAUGGAAGAAAAUGAAGUCGAUGAGGAACAAGUUAAUCCAUAUCAUGGAAAUUUCCCGCCUUCCCCAGAAGUAGAACCUCUUGAAUUGAGUGAUCAAGAAUCAAUGAUGGAUACUGAUGACCUCAGUGAAAAUUCAGACACUGAAGACAAAAAUCCAUUUGACAUUGAUGCAAUGAAAGAUAAAGAUAAAGAAUCUGACACAAAAGAUGAAGAAGCAGAAGAAGGUGGGGAAGAAAAUGAAGAAGAACCAGAUAAAAACGAAGAAGAAAACAUUGAAAAACCUCAUCUGAAGAAAAAUGAGGAAGAAGUACAAGAAGAAAAAGAAGAAGAAGGUGAUAAAGAUGAAAAGGCAGAUCAAGGAGAAGUAGAAGAGAAAGAAGAAAUAACGGAGGAAAAGAAUGAGGAUGAAGCUGUAGAUGUUGAUAAACCAAGUGAUGCCUUAGCAGAACCUAGCCAACAAAAAGAAACAGCAAAAGAUCAAGUGAGUGGAGACCAACAAGAGGAUCCUGAGAGCACCAGUCUGGAUCCGUUAGAGACGACAGGCAAGGAAAAAUCCGGCUCAGGCACAGCCGACAAGUCGACCAGAGAUGAUGGUGGUCACACAGGCCAUCAGGGUAGAAUGAAGAAGGAAGGGACAAAAGAAAAAGAAGAAAAGAGGCAAAGGCCGGGAGAGAGUGAGAUGGAAAGGAGCCUUGGUGAUGUAAAUGAACCUGCCCUGAAAAAAAUGAAGACGAUAGGAGUUCAGAAAGACCAAGAAGUUGAGAAUAUAGAGCCCACUGAAGAAGCCGACCUUUUCCAGCAUAUACAUCAGUCUAAAGAUACCAAACAUGACACACAAGUCAUUGAUGCAGCAACUCAGGAACAAGCUGAAAAUACGCCAGUUCCUAACAAAGACAAUGAGGAUGGGCAAGAGCCAGAAGAUGUACCAAUGGAAUUGGACGAAGAUGAAACACCAGAGGAGGAAGUUGCUCUGAAUAAAGUCGGCCCUGAAAAAAUUGGAGAUGCGCAUAAAGAAAAUAAAGAAACUAGUAAGAAAAAGGGAGAUGGCGAAGCUCUAGAAGAAGCAAGCGUACAGGUUGAAGGAGAGAUUGUACCAACGGCUCAUGUAGAACGAGGCUCGGACAGUACAUACUAUACAAGGCUCGACGAACUAAUCGUGGAAUGUAUAAUGUCAGGUGAACAUCUCCAAUCCUUACAGGGAGAGUUAGAAAACCAGCUUGCUUCUUGGAGCCAGCCUCCUGCUGGAGAAGAAGCUUUUUCUGCUUGGGAAAAACUCUGCACUGUUACAUCAUCGUUGGUUCGAGAUCUAUGCGAGCAGUUAAGACUUGUGCUAGAGCCCACAACAGCUUCGGGUCUCAAGGGUGAUUUCAGAACCGGACGGAGAAUUAACAUGAGAAAGGUUAUUCCGUACAUUGCGAGCGAAUUCCGAAAAGACAAGAUCUGGCUUAGGAGAAGCAAGCCAUCAAAAAGGGAAUAUCAGAUCGUCCUGGCAGUCGAUGAUUCUUCCAGUAUGGCUGAUAAUCAUUCAAAACAGCUUGCUUUUGAAUCAUUGGCCUUGGUCAGUAGAGCUUUGAAUCUGCUUGAAGUUGGUGAUUUGAGCGUCUUAAGUUUCGGUGAAACUGUUAAAGUUUUGCAUCAACUCGGCGAACCUUUUACAGAUCACAGUGGUGCAAGGCUACUACAACAUUUUUCAUUUGACCAAAAAAAGACAAAGAUUGGCGCAUUGGUGGAUCAUGCAGUGUCUUUAUUGAUGACAAGCUCUCGUCGUACAGAUGCUGAUAUUGCCCAGCUGCUUAUUAUAGUCUCGGAUGGCAGGGGAGUCAUGUCUGAAGGUGAAGAAUCAGUAAGAGCCAGUGUUCGCAGGGCCAAUUUACAAAGGGUCUUCAUGAUUUUUCUCAUUAUCGACAACCCAGACUCUAAAGAUUCAAUUUUAGACAUAAGACUACCCUGUUUCAAAGAUGGAAAACUUCUGGGCAUUACACCGUACAUGGACAAUUUUCCAUUUCCUUUUUAUAUAAUUUUAAGGGAUAUUUAUAAUUUACCUUCUGUUUUAAGUGAUGCGCUUCGGCAAUGGUUCGAAUUAGUCACAAAUACUAGUAAAUAGGUUGUUUAGUCGUUUCUUUUACUUAAAAAUGGUGUAUAAUAUAAUUUAUUAUAUUUU